AUGUUAAACAGGAAGCAGCAGUUUUUCGGCCUCCAAGGCAACAGCCUCUCGUGGGCUAUCACUAUUUGCGCAGGUAGUGCAUUCCUGCUUUUCGGUUAUGACCAGGGAGUCCUGGGCUCCAUUAUAUCUGGCACUGAUUUUCUCGACGCUAUUGGAAUCGCGCCAGAUGACCCCGACACUUUGUCGACCGUCGUUUCGAUCUAUGACAUUGGGAACAUGGUCGGCUGUCUAGCUGCAGCAAUCUGGGGAGGGAGAUACGGCCGCAGGGCAUGCAUCGUACUUGGUUGUAUCAUCACAAUCAUUGGAGCAGCUCUUCAAGCCUCAAGCUAUAGUGUUGCGCAGAUGAUUGUUGCUCGUAUUGUGACUGGCAUUGGAAACGGUAUUAAUACUGCGAUUGUUCCAACCUGGGUGGCUGAAACUGCCAAAAGCGAGCAUCGAGGAAAGCUCAUUGCUACUCAGCUGGCUACUGCGAUCUUUGGCAUCGUUAUCGCAUACUGGGUGAACUAUGGCUUCUUUCAUUUACACGGUCAAGUUGUUUGGCGAUUCCCUAUUGCCUUCCAGAUUAUCUUCGUGUUAUUCACACUAGCCAUGUUGCCGUUUUUACCAGAAAGUCCUCGCUUCUUAUAUCUCAAAGACCGUAUCGAGGAAGGAAAUGCAGUCCUGGCAGCUCUGAAGGCAGCGCCCGAGGACAGCCCCAUUGUACAGGCCGAAGCGGCAGAGAUCUUGGCUGCGAUCCAAAUGGAGAACUCCAUGGGUAAUGCCAGUCUCAAGGAUAUCUUCCUCAACCGGUCGGGAGACCAAAUACUCAAAAGGCUGGGACUUGUCAUCCUCAUUCAGGUCUUGCAGGAAAUGACAGGAACACAAAUUGUUGUUUAUUACAGCUCGUCCAUCUUCAUUACCCUAGGCAUCGAAAGUCGACUGGCGCUGAUCCUUGGAGGUAUCGUCUCGAUUGUAUUCUUCCUAGGGUCUAUCUUUGGUGUUUUGCUUAUUGACAGAAUCGGCCGCAAAAAGUUAUUGAUCUCCGGUACCAUUCCAAUGUUCGUCCUCUACAUUGUGUAUAUGAUUAUGGUAAAGGAUGGGGGUAAGGUCCAACUGUGGGUCGCGUUUGGUGCAACGUGUGCAAUCAUGUUCGCAUUUGGCUGGAGCUGGCUCUCAACGGCUUGGGUGUAUGGUCCAGAGCUCGUUCCAGUUCAGUACCGACAUAUUGGCGGCGCUCUCAAUGCUUUUGCAAACUGGACCUUUGCAUUCGUUACGGUCAAGAUUGCUCCAAUUGGCAUUGCCAACCUCGGAUGGAAAUUCUAUAUCAUUUUCGUUGUCAUGACUUUCAUCCAACUACCAAUCGUGUGGCUGUGUUAUCCUGAGACCAAAGGGCUGUCGCUGGAAGAGAUUGAUGGACUGUUUGUCAAAGAUGUUGUAGCUGCCAAUGUGCUUACCGAUGCCAGUGAGAAGCGGCAUCGACUCGAAAUGAAGGACACAAGCUAUGCCCACGAGGAAGAGUCCAGAUCUUGCGAUGCCCGCAGUCCAUGUACAGCUUGUCAUGAUGAGAAUCUUCAGUCCGUCAAGAGGAUUGCAGCUCUCGAAGAGCGACUUCGACUUUACGAAGGCUCCAGCUCGAUUAAAAACCAUGGGAGCGCCGCCUUGCUUUACAGCACUGAAGUGUUAACCGGUGCUGCCAACAAGCCAGACGAUGAUAUGGUCCGCGCGCUACGAGGUAUUAAUCAUCUGAGAAACGUACCUCGGCACCCUGAGUUUUACGGAGGUUCAUCUGCCAAUUUCUUGAUCGACACCGUCCAAAUUACUGGUCCUGACAGUAAUGAGAAUGAACAUGAGGGAGAUAUCUCUCGUGAUAUACAUUCUCCAGAAAACAGAGCUCAAUUAUGGCUGAAUACCGGAUCGACUCUGUCUUUCGGAAAAGCCUCUGGAGCGCUAUUGCCACCCGAGGCAGUUGCCAAUGAGUAUGUACAUCGCUAUUUCCAGACGGCCCAUCGAAUCUUCCCAAUCCUCAAUCGAAAGCUUCUCGUCGACUCCUGCGCAGACUACUGGAAGGGCCUCCCAACGGAGGGCAAAGGUUAUGAAUACUGGACAGCAGUCAUGUAUAUGGUCAUUGCACUGGGCCAUCAGUACAGUCUGGUUGAUCCGGAUGUGGAGGUGCGCAAACGAGCAAUGGCGGCCCCUCAGCACGGAGAAACCUGUUUUCAACUGGCUAGAUCAACACUCAGCGACGUGCCCUUCAUGGGUGGUGACAUAUCUGCUGUCAAUAGUAUGUUAUUAGCAUUUUUCUGGCUGAGCAACGAACACAGGUUUCAUGAAGCCUACACUGUCCUGGGUGUGGCAUCGCGGAUAGGCUAUGGCAUAGGUCUACACAGAGACUUGAAGUUCGAUCCCACGCUGACAGCGCAAACACCUCAUAUCAUUGGAUGGUGCACUUCCUUCUGGUGUUUGUUCACUUAUGAAAGAGAGAUGGUCGCCUUAUUGGGACGGCCCUGUGCUGUUGAAGCAUCAGAGGUCGAUAUCAAAGCAUUCAACUUGGAAACAUCUCCAGUCGAGCUCCAAUACGUGGAACGGAUGCGGCAAUUCGCCUACGUGACUUGGGAUGCCUACACCCAUGUCUACUCUCUUUCAUUCAAGCAUGCCACUGUUGCUGAGCGAGGUACCGCUCUUCGACAGGCCGAUAAGGCAUUUGAGAGUUGGUUCCAGAGCUGGUUCCACGAUUGUGCGUGGGCGAGAGAACCACAUGGAUUAAUGGCCCAGCUUCGGUUUUUCCAUACGAGAUUAUUGCUGUAUCGAGUGUUUCUCAAUCUGGUUGUGCAGAAGAGCAGAAGAAGAGAACCCAUAACGGAAGACGUACAACACUUGGCAACCACUUGUAUUCAUAUCGCGAUCGAGCUUACCACUCUCACUGUGCAGUCGGUGCAUGUGGGAGUCCGAACAAGUGGGACCUUGCAAGGAGCUAUUUUUCAUGCCAUGGCAUACCUCUGGAAUUCUCUGGUAACUCUACUUUUGUACGCAAGCUCCCAGUCGGCACAACGCUUGCUCAGUCCAAAGCUCGUCAAACCGAUCGACAUUGUUCAAGAAAUCAAAAAUGCCAUGGAAGUUUUUGAGUUCCACAAAGAAGCUGUUGCAUUCGCUCGUACAGCACUACAGAAAGUGAAGGCAUUCCUGGAAAAGAUUGAACGCGCCGAGAGCAGCUCUCAAGUAGUAGAGCACGGUCAGUCCGGAAUUCCUUCUUCGGCCUCACCGGUAUCACUUCUGGAUUGGAGUGCUGGGCCAGGCCUGGAUUUUCCCGACUUUGACGCGCCAUUCAAUGAUUUUCAAACAUUCUUCAACGUUGAUUUAGAAUUCCCGCUAUAUGAAGACUACCUGGAACAGCCCGAUUAA